CUUGCUCCUGGCGAGGGGCAUGCUAUGUGCAGAGGAUGCAAGUGGAGAGAAUGCUGCACUGGGAGUAGAAGGGGUUUGGAGUUGAUUAGUUUGCACAGGGAGCCCGGGGCCAAUCGGCUCUUGCAGACGAUCAAAUGUCACUAUAAGUUGAGAGCUGCAUCCCCUUGGGACGCUCGCAGAUCCCAGCCUGCCCGUCCCCUCCGACAGGAGCUUGGUGCUUCUCUCCACUCCUCCCAGAAACUAAUUGCCAGCAUGUCUGAUACCGAGGAAGUGGAGCAAGGAGAGGCUCAGGAAGAAGAAGAGGCUCAGGAGGAAGCUUUUGCUUCCUGCCACAUCCCACCUGAUGAAGCUCCUCCAGCAGAAGCUCAGGAGGAAGAAGUCCAUGAACCAGCCCCCCCUCCAGUUCAUGAGCCAGCAGAGGAAGCUCAUGAGGAAGAGGAGAAGCCCAGAAUAAAACUAACUGCUCCUAAAAUACCAGAGGGUGAGAAAGUAGAUUUUGAUGACAUCCAAAAGAAAAGGCAGAACAAAGACCUGAUUGAACUGCAGGCCUUGAUUGACAGCCACUUUGAAGCCAGAAGAAAGGAAGAGGAAGAGCUGGUAGCCCUCAAGGAGAGGAUUGAGAAGCGCAGAGCUGAACGAGCAGAGCAGCAGAGAAUCCGGGCUGAGAAGGAGAAGGAGCGUCAGGCAAGGCUUGCGGAGGAAAAGGCACGGAGAGAGGAAGAAGAUGCCAAGAGAAAAGCUGAGGAUGAUCUGAAGAAGAAGAAGGCUCUGUCCUCCAUGGGUGCAACAUAUAGCAGCUAUCUGGCUAAGGCUGACCAGAAGAGAGGGAAGAAGCAAACAGCUAGAGAGACGAAGAAGAAGGUCCUGGCAGAGAGGCGCAAGCCCCUGAACAUUGACCACCUUAAUGAAGACAAGCUGAGGGACAAAGCUAAGGAGCUGUGGGACUGGUUAUAUCAGCUGGAGACUGAAAAGUAUGACUUUACAGAGCAGAUCAAGAGGAAAAAAUAUGAGAUUUUAACAAUGCGUUGCAGGCUGCAGGAGCUUUCCAAGUUCAGCAAGAAGGCAGGAGCCAAGGGCAAGGUUGGUGGGCGCUGGAAGUAAAGAACCAGGCAGGAUGGCCUUUAGUGGUGUGCUGAACCCCUGCAGGUCUCCUCUUCCCUCCUUCACCGAUCACUUGUGUUCUCAUGCCUCAAUGAUAACAAAAAUCACAUCAGCCUGCAUUGGCUCUUGCUGCUGCUUUUAUUCCUGGAGGGGUCUGGUGGCUUCCUCAGGCAAGGGGAAGCAGGUUCCCUGUGGAACUGGGAUGACUCCUUGCUGGCAUCUUCAAUUCCUGCUGAGCAUGUCCCUUAUCCUCCUGAUACCAGCCCUAUGCUGUCCUGUAGAUUGCUGUGUACAAAUCUCUGGAUUUUGUAAAUAAAGCACAACCAGUACCUACUCCAAUGACA